UUCAUCUCUCAUGAUUCCAACAAAAGCAAUGGCUUCUACUACUCUUCCUCUUCUUCUUCUUCAUCUUCUUCUCUUAGCUGCUUGCAUGGACUGGGCUAAGAGUGAUCGGCCAGCUACAAGUUUUUAUGAAAAUUAUGAAGGAUCAUGGGGUGGAGAUCGAAUACAGAUAUUGAAUAAGGAAACUGAGGCUUCGCUUUUCAUGGACAAAGCUUCAGGUUCUGGAUUUGGAUCAAAGCUUAAAUACGGUUCUGGGUUCUUCCAUAUGAAGAUAAAGCUGCCAGGAAAAAACUCAGCUGGAGUUGUAACUGCUUUCUAUUUGGCUUCUGACUCAAGUACCAACCAUGCUGAACUGGAUUUUGAGUUCCUUGGCAACCUUGAAGGGAAACCCAUAAUUCUUCAGACAAAUGUCUUUGCAAAUGGGAAAGGAAAUAGAGAACAAAGGAUCAGAUUAUGGUUUGAUCCUUCUGCUGACCUUCAUGACUACAAAAUACUAUGGAACACUAAUCAAAUAGUGUUUUAUGUGGAUGAUACACCAAUUAGAGUAUUUGCUAACAAAGAGAAUAUAGGAGUGGGUUAUCCAUCUCAACCAAUGCAAUUAAUAGCAAGCUUGUGGAAUGGAGAUAGCUGGGCUACUGAUGGAGGCAAGACUAAAGUAGACUGGUCUUAUGCUCCAUUUAAUGCAAUUUUUCAAGGUUUUGAUGUAGAUGGAUGCGUUUCAGUAAGUUCACAUGAUGCUCACUGUUCAUCUCCCUCAUUAUGGUGGAACUCAGCAAGAUAUCAACAGUUAAGUGCUUCUGAAAAAUCGGCUUAUCAGAACGUCAGGAGAACAUAUAUGACCUAUGAUUACUGUAAUGAUGUUCAAAGGUUUCCAAACCCUCCACCAGAGUGCCCUCAAUGAAGAAUUUGGAACUUUUAGUUUGAAUGAAAUGCUACACAUGUGCUUUGUUUUUAUGAAGAAAAUGGAAUAAAUGUAAAGGAUCAUAUAUAUUUGACAUUUUCAAUCAUUCUAAAUUAAAUGAUGUAUGUUCUUUGGCAUAAAUUAUUAAAAUUAUUAUGGGAUGGGUUUGUUUGUAA